AUGCCCUACUACGACCCCACCACUGCCGAGUACCUUGACCCCAGCGUCACCCGCAAAGUCGCCGUGAUCACCGGCGGCACUACGGGGAUCGGGUGGUACACCAUUUUGCACUUAUACCUCCACGGUUAUGUGGUGUACAUUGCCGCCAGAGACCCCAUCAAAGUGCAAAAGGCGAUCACCAUCGUCAAGAUCGAAGCCACCAACCGCAAUUCGGGCCACCCGGUGGGCGAGCUCCACUACGUCGAGAUGGACUUGAUGCUGUUGCUGCUGGUGAGCCAGGCAGCCGAGAAGUUGGCGAUGUUUGAGCCGAAAAUCGACAUCUUGAUCAACAACGCCGGCAUCAUGGCGGUUAAAUACGCCCUUACUGAAGAUGGCCACGAAGUGCAACGCCAGGUGAAUUUCGUGGGCCACAUGCUUCUUACGAUGAAGCUCUUACCGCAAUUGGAGGCUUCCCCCGCCGCCAGAGUGGUGUUUGUGUCGCUGGCGGGCCACAACUUCGCCUACCGCUACUUCGACCCCACCGACAACAUUGAAGGGUGGCCCGACGCCCUCUGGACGUGGGUGCGUUAUGGCAACGCCAAAGCCGCCCAGAUCCACUUUGUCCGGUACAUGGCGAGAGAACACCCCCGUAUCCUCUGGCUCGCGGUGCACCCAGGCACCGUUGCCGGCACCAACUUGCUUGACGCCUGGAAGCAGAAUUUUGUGCUUAGUCUCGUGAUGACGGGUAUCGCGAAGGCGGUGGACUAUACCGUGGGUAUCACCAAUGAGGAAGGGCUGUUGUCGACGUUGAGAGCAGCUUUGGACCCGGAAUUGCUGGCGGAAUCGGAUAACGGUGUGUAUUUGCUGACUGGGGGUGUGGAGCUGUCGCCGCUGGCAAUGGCACGCAGUGGUGCUAACGCUCGGCAGACAGUCGAGUACUACCUCCAGCACAUGAAGGAAACGGGUUUCCUUUGA